UUGGCAAUAUGCCUGAGUUUCGGGGCCAAGUGAAGAAUAAUAUAACAGAAAAUUUACAAAUAAAUGCAAAUAAGUAACUCAAACAGCCGAAAUGGCUCAAAAACCAAAGCGCAGCGAGUGCUCGGGGCACGUCUGGAUGUUGGCCAUGUGCCAAGCUCUUGGCCAAACCGAGUCCAAAGCCAAACAAAGGUAAAUACACAAACGGCACUCAAUUACACUCAAAAAACGUACGGAAAACGGUCAAAAAAUGUAUGUGAAAAAGCGCAGCAGUUGGAAUAAGUUCGUUGGCCAAGGCGAAGCCAAAAUUAGUGCAACCUCGGACCAGGGCCAGAGUGGAUCAACGGGACAGAAACAAUCACGCCAGAAAGCUAGACAGUGAUGCAGUUGCUCCACAUAUCGAUGGGAUGGGUUCUGGGACUAGGGCUGUUCUUCUCAGUUCUGGAAGCAGCCAUCCUUCCCUUGACUUUGAUCCAGGAAGCGGAAGUUGCAACGCCUAUGGAUACGGAGAAAUUUGGAUACCUCGAAGUGAAGCCUAAUGGGUCACUAAUUCUCCGGAGAGCCCCAAACCAAAGUGGUAGUAAUCUCCAAAAUCUCCUCAUGCUCCGAGGAGUCCUACAAGCCCUUAAGAUAAGUCCUACAAAGAUAUCGGAAGCUGGAGGCGAAACCCAAGUGGCUUUAAAACUCUAUGGUGAUGGGGUGGAGCUCAAGUUUCCACCUUUCCUGGAGAAUGUCAUCCAGCGUAUUCAGACCUACUUCUCUGUAUAUCGCUACACGGACACCAGUAAGCCCAAUUUUCAAAGGAAAGAGAAUACAACCAUAUCUGAGCCAGAAGAAGAUCCAGUGAUCGAAACUACUUUGAAACCUGAAGAGGAUUCCGAUGAACUAACGUCCAUCGGAGAACAGGAUGCUUAUAUUACAGUGGGCGAGGAUUCUCAUUAGGGGCAUAGUUUCUUCAUUUAAUAUUUCAUCGCUCUAUUUAUUCCAUUAAUUGUCCACCAUAGUUUAUAGUAAUUUAAUAAAAGUUACCGUAUUCAAAAC